AAAUUUAUAUCAAUGGACGUUUUCAUCUUUUUAAUAUUAAAUAUAGUUAUAAUUUUUUUAAAGCAUGAAUCAGUAUAUUUAACAUGAAAUUACAAUGGUUAAACAAGGCUAAAAAAAAGAUUUUCUUGUAGUGCGAACUGAGCGAUUUUUUUUCUCUCUCAUUUGAUAUCACUUCUUAUCAAUGUUGAUCUGGAUUCUGAAGGGCGACUUUUGAAAUUUCAACAUCCCUCGUCCUGGGUCGAGGCAGGGUAUGUUCGCCCGAAGGAUCAUCGAGUCUCCUGGGAUCUGCCUCAGGAGGUACAAACAUGCUGUUCCUGAGAAGAUGAAGGAAAUCGCCUCCGGCCCUGGCCUGGAAGAAUUCAUCAAAGGGGAAGUCGAAGAAAAAGACUGGAGUUCAUAUAAAGGUAAAUUGAAAAGAGAGAAGGGCGAAAAGGACAGGCUGAGGCUUCCACCAUGGUUGAAGAAGGAGAUACCGAUGGGUGUGAACUUCUCCAGGAUCAAGGAACAGCUACGAGGCCUCAAUCUACAUACGGUCUGUGAAGAAGCAAGAUGCCCCAAUAUCGGGGAAUGUUGGGGCGGAGGAGAACAUGGCACUGCUACGGCAACGAUCAUGGUUCUUGGAGAUACAUGCACCAGAGGUUGUAGGUUUUGUUCUGUCAAAACGGCUAAAAAUCCACCACUGCCUGAUCCGAAGGAACCUGAGAACACUGCCUCUGCCAUAUCAUCUUGGGGCCUGGAUUACAUCGUGAUCACUUCUGUCGACAGGGAUGACCUUCCAGAUGGAGGGGCGAACCAUUUUGCUGAAACCGUCAGGCAGAUAAAGAAAAAGAAUUCAAAAAUCAUGGUCGAAUGUCUCGUUCCGGAUUUCAGAGGUGAUCAAAACUGCGUGAAAAUCAUCGUCGAUUCUGGAUUAGAUGUAUUCGCACAUAAUAUCGAAACUGUCGAAUCUCUCACUCCUUUCGUACGAGACCCGCGUGCUAAAUAUAGACAAACCCUUUCUGUCCUUAAUUCCGCGAAAGAGUUCAAACCAGACCUGAUAACCAAAUCUUCAAUAAUGCUGGGACUCGGAGAGACAGAUGAAGAAGUUCAGCGUACUAUGAAAGAUUUGAGGGCUGCAGGCGUCGACUGCGUUACUCUAGGACAGUAUAUGCAGCCCACAAAACGCCACUUAAAAGUUGUUGAGUACGUUACUCCAGAAAAGUUUAAAAAAUGGGAAAACGAAGGUAGCAAACUUGGGUUUUUGUAUACAGCAAGUGGACCAUUAGUCAGAAGUUCUUACAAAGCCGGUGAAUUUUUUAUAGCUAAUAUAAUCAAAGCUCGAAAUAAAAACUAAUAUCCAUUUUUA